AUGUAUUCAUCUGUAUCGACACUUGAUCGAGAUGUUGCGCGAGCAUUUCUACAUGCUCCAUCGAAUUCGAUUUCCCAUGCGCCGAUGUUGAUGCAAAAGAAAUCGAACCGAAACACACCACAAUCACCUUCAUUUGUCUAUACAAAUGAGCGUUUCUCUGAGAAUUUCUUACCAUCGCCACAUUCGAAUGCGCAGCUUGGUUAUCCAACGAAUCAAAAUCUCGUUCCCAUGUAUUACGAUGUAAUCAUUGAUACUGUAACUGAUUAUGAUAUUUUCUAUCCCAUUGCAAAGCAAACAGAAAAACAUUAUUAUGAUUCGAAAAAUGAACAACAAACAAUCACCAAUGAAGUAUACAAUCAUCCGAACCAUCGUGUUCAAAGACUCGACGAGCUUGCCGUUUCAAUCGAUUUACCGCAUGAUUACACUUCAACGUCACAAUGGCCGAAUCAUUCCAUGCAAAAUCAUGAAUAUCGACAUACAAUCCAACCUGAGAGUCCAAGACAGCCUCUUACUCCUUCAGAUCAAUAUUAUUUCUAUUCAGAUAAUGACCAAUCACCUGUGCGUUAUUUAACUACGCCCUUCUUUUGGUUUCGUCCGGUCGUUGAUCAGAACUAUGCGAUUUGUAUUCCGACAAAUCAGCCGAGCCUACAUGCUUAUGUUACACCUUUAUUUCAACUUUCUUCCAGCACCGAAACAGUUCGACUUUAA